GGUGUUCAUGUCAUUUUUGAAACCAAACUUUAGAUUCUGUUACUAAGUUGUGAUUGAGUUACCUGUAAAAUUGUGAUAUUUUAAAGGUUUAAUACAUCAGUUCCAUUCAGUUGACUGCAACUAGCUUGGGAUUGAAAGGUAACAGUUGUAAAAUUGUGAUAGUCUAAAGCAUUUGUGUAGAAGCUUCAGUUAUGGUGUUAAAGUGUAUACCCUUGUGUAUUUAGGGGUGGUUUGGUAUGCGGACUAAAUUAUCGUGGGAUCAUAAUCCCGGGACUAAUUUAUCCCACCUGGGAGAUGGAAUAAAAUAAGCCAACGUUGGAUGGGAUAAGGUGGGAUGUCGUAGGAUUAAACCAAAUGUGGUAUAAAUUUUAUGUCAAGCUUAAUCUUGGGAUAUCCGUACGAAAUGAUCCCUUAGGGAACACACAAAUGAAAACAGCAUUGGUACUUGGGUAUGAGCUUUGGGGGGUUGGGGUUGAAGACUGGUUUUAUGUUAUCUGACAUGUUAUAUUUCCAUCUGAUAUUUUUCAUUAUUACAUCGGACUAAAUGAUAUUGAGAAAAUGACUGGUACUACAUGUUAAUUAUUUUAUUCAGGCAAGUUUCCAAAUCCAUGGAUCCAAAUGGAUGUUGGAGUGUUUUAACCCAAUUACUAAUCCAGAUUUAAUGACUAUCAUCCGCGUUGGGUCUGAUGAAGAUAUUUCUGUUGAUAAGAGAAACUCAGUUCCUUUUCCAACAGCAACCUCUGAAAAUGAAACUUCCUGUUUUGAUUGCAACAUUUGCCUUGACUCAGCACAUGAUCCUGUAGUCACCCUCUGCGGUCACCUCUACUGCUGGUCUUGUAUUUACAAGUGGCUCCAGGUUGAGAGGUCUGGUGGACCAGGAUCAGUAGAAAAAUCUAAAUGUCCGGUCUGUAAAGCUCACAUUUCAAACUCCUCGUUGGUGCCUCUCUAUGGUCGUGGGAUAUCAUCAUUGGAGUCUGAACCCAAAAAGGCUGAGGUAGAUGUGGACAUACCUCAUAGGCCUCGAGCGAUUGGGACAAUCACACCGCGUAAUUCAGUGUCUCCAAUUCCUCGCAUACAUCAGCGACUUCGUCAAACUUCUCUCUACCCUCCACGACCCUCCACAUUUCAACAUCACCAACAAUACUUGCCCCAAGCCCUUGGUAGCUAUGCAGCUAUGGCUCCAUCUAGCUUUGGGAGCACCGCAAUGACCAGUUUGUUCAGCCCAGUGGUUGGUGUGUUUGGAGAAAUGUUUUCUUCAAGAAUGUUUGGAAUUGCUUAUCCUCAUCCUAGAUCUUACCUCAUCCGAGGACACAGUGGUCUUAGAAUGAGAAGGGAAGAAAUCCAGGUGGACAAAUUUCUUAACAGAUUGUCCAUCUUUCUUUUCUGCUGCUUCAUCUUGUGCCUACUCCUGUUUUGAGGUUCAUAUAAUGUUCUAUCUUAUCCUAAUUUGUAGAAAUAUGUGCUUUUGCUUACAACAGUCAGGUAGUAGUUCAUAGUAGAAAAAUAUAGACUUGUAAGAGAUUUAACAGAAAUAGCUUUAUACACCAUGUAAAGGUUGCUUCAUUUCCUUCUCUUAAUGCCUCUCUUGGCAAAACAGUAUUGUUUCUUCAUAAAAUGGCAACACAAAUGAUACAUGUUAGCCCAUAUUGUUGAUCAUUUGAGUUGCUUUGUGCAUGGAA